UCCACCACAUCAUCCACCACCAAAAUAACGGCCAAGAUGACUGACACUCAGGACAGCCAGAAGAUGCUGCAAGCCAGGAUCGCUGAGCUGGAGAAGGAAACACAGGCAGCAGAAUCGCAUCCAUGGAUGAAGGAGCUCAAGGAGUUUAGGCAGAUCAUGCAAUCGCCUGCCACAGGUCUCAACGAUCGUGAAAAGGCAGCCGUCCAACGCUACACAGCUCUGAAACAGGAGAACGGGUCGCUGAAGAAGCAAGUGCUAGACCUGUCGACGCAACUGCAGCAGGUGCAAGCGGAGAAUGCUGUGCUUGAGCACAAAGUGGCGCAGCUCAAUGGCUUGAGUCGGCGACUCGCAGAGCAGCGAACCGUCAUCGAGAAACAAGCCGAAGCGAUGGUGAAACAAGAAGAGGCAAAGCGGGCAGAGCUCACACAAAAGUUCCAGGCGUCGCUCGCCGACAUCUCCGCCCGUGUGGAGGAGAGCAGCAAAGAGCAGAAACAGCGCGACGAAUACCACCAAGCGAUGCAAGCGAAGAUUGACGCCUUUGUCAAGCAGUCGGAGAUUCGGGAGGAGCAAGUCGCAAAGUUGCUCAAGACGAAGGAGCUUGAGAAACAGCUUGCCGAAGCAAAACUGCAGCAGGAGCUUGAGAACAAGAAAGUGUUACAGCAGCAGUUGGCAGUGCAAGGAAAGGCGAUUGAUGAAUACAAAGCGUCCAGUCAAAGCCUCUUCGACGAGUUCAAGAAGUUGAGUGAUCAAGCGACAGCACAGCAGAAGGAGCUGCAGAAGCAGCGCAAGGCGGCUGGGCGCAUGAAGCAGCUUGAGAAGGAGAUGGGUGAGUGGCGGAAUGCGUUUGAGCGGCUGAACAAGCAGUGCACCGCUUUCAAGGACGCGCACGACAAGCAGCAGGAGCUCUCCGGUCUGCUCAAGGACAAGUUGACGUCGACUGUCGCCGAGCGCAACAAACUGCUGGAGGAGGUUGCGUCUCUCAAGAAACUGACGCGUGCGCUCAGCGGUUCGUGCAAGGAGGUGCAGAGCCAGCGGGCGGAACUGGAGGCCGAAGUUGCCGCGCUCAAGCAGCAGCUGCACCUGCGUGAUGGCGGUGAUGAUGAUGGUGGUGAUGGUGAUGGUGAUGGGACGAAGAAUGGCGAUGAUGAUGGUGAUGAUGGUGAUGGCAGCAAAGGUGAGGAGGAAGAAGCGAACAAAGUCAGUGAUGGGGAAAAGGAGGGCAGCGAGACUGCUGCUGAUUAAGAAGUUAGAUGCACACCCGCGCUCCCUCGUUCAUGACAGGGGUUGCUGGCAAGCGCUGCUGCUGUUCGUGUUGUCGGUGGGGUUGUUCGUAUGUGUGAGUGUGUGACACGCUCGCAUGCUUUGGCCUUUGAUUGGGACAUGGCGUGUCUCUGUCUGUGGGAGGAUUUUUACAGAGCGAUUGUGAGAGUCACACACCCGUACAUGCAAGACCAAGCGAUAAACAAAAAAGCCACAA